AUGCUGAUCGUGUCCGACUCGGCUAGCGCCCUCUCCGCCCUGCCCUCCGCAGCAAAUCGCCAUCCAUUCAUCCAGGCCAUCCAGGAGAACAUCGAUGAAAGGACCACCCUGAUGUGGGUCCCUGGCCACGCUGGCAUCGCUGGCAACGAAAGCGCCGACAUCUUGGCCAACAUCGGCAGAGCCAGUCCACUGAUUACCCGCAGCGUCCCGGCCGACGAUGCGAAGCGCUGGAUUAAACAGCAGGUGAGCAAUGCCUGGGCUAACGAGUGGCACAAGGAGCGGAACCUAUGCAGAAUGGUUAAGGGCUCCACCCUUCCCGGAACAGACCUGCCCAACCGCCGUGAGCAGAUGGUGCUGUCCCGACUGCGUACGGGGCACACCAAUCUAACGCAUAACCUGGGCUCUGGGGAUUUCCACCAUCGCUGCACCACCUGCCAAUGUAGAAACACCAUCAGUCACAUCAUCAACAACUGCCCUGAAUACGAAGGAGCACGGCAAGCCAACAACAUCGGCAACGCGGUCGAGGCACUCAACAACAAUCCCAUCAACGAACGACUGCUUAUCAACUUUUUAAAGGAUAGCAAACUAUACUACCGGAUUUGA